AAAGCGUCUCCUCGCUCCUCUUCCUCCCACCCCUUCCUCCACUCUAGUAGUACUAGUGCUAGGCCUCCGCUGCCACCACUCGUAGCCCAAGUAGCCAGCGAGCGCACGAGAAAAAAAAAAUAGAAGCAGAAAAGGGGGAGGCGAGAAGCUUGGGAGGAGAGGAGGGAGCAUAAAUCCCGAGCCCCAAAUCGCAAAUCCUAGCCCAUCCCGAUCUGCAAUGCCGGGACUGUGAGGGUGCGCGCGCGCAAAUGAGGCGGGUGGCGCCGGCGAUGAUCGCCGCCGCCGGCGAGGGGGCGGCGGAUGGGGUGGUGGAGAAGGCGCUGCCGAACGGGGACGUCUACCGCGGUGGGUUCUCCGGCGGUGCGCCUCACGGCGAGGGCAAGUACGUGUGGGCGGACGGGUGCAUGUACGAGGGGGAGUGGCGGCGCGGGAAGGCGUCCGGGAAGGGCCGGUUCUCGUGGCCAUCGGGGGCCACGUUCGAGGGGGACUUCCGCGGCGGCCGGAUCGAGGGGCAGGGGGCGUUCGUCGGGCCCGACGGCGCCACCUACCGCGGCGCGUGGGUGGCGGACCGCCGGCACGGGGUCGGAGCCAAGAGCUACGCCAACGGGGACUACUACGAGGGCCAGUGGCGGCGCAAUCUCCAAGAAGGGCACGGUCGAUACGUCUGGGCCAACGGCAACCAGUACGUCGGGGAGUGGCGCGCCGGGGUGAUAUCCGGCCGCGGCGUGCUGAUCUGGGCCAAUGGGAGCCGCUACGACGGGGUCUGGGAGAACGGCGUGCCCAGGGGGACCGGGGUCUUCACGUGGCCCGACGGGAGCCGUUACGUCGGCUCCUGGCCGCGGAACUGCGUCGACCUGCCGGCCAUAAGCGGCACGUUCUUUCCGCCGAUGGGCGCCGGGGGUGCCGGCGCGGUGAGGAAGAGGUCUUCCGUGGAGGGUGUUGGGGAGAAGGCAGCGCCGCGGAUCUGCAUCUGGGAGUCGGAGGGCGAGGCUGGGGAUAUCACCUGCGACAUCGUAGACGCGCUCGAGGCGUCCAUGCUCUACAAGGAGGCCGCGGCCGUCGGAGGAGGGGCAACGUACAUGCGGGCACUGCCACAUAGGAAUGCCCGGCGUGCAGACAGCGGAGUCCCACGCUGGGCGUCCUCGGCGGCCACCACGCCAGAGGGUAAGCGACCCGGGCAGACCAUCUCCAAGGGACAUAAGAACUACGAGCUCAUGCUGCAGCUUCAAUUGGGCAUCAGACAUUCGGUGGGGAAAUCUGCCGCGGUGCCGAUGCGAGUGCUUGCACAGGCAGAUUUUGACCCGCGGGAGAAGUUCUGGACUCGAUUCCCACCGGAGGGGUCAAAGGUCACACCACCACAUUCAUCUGCAGAGUUCCGGUGGAAGGACUACUGCCCCAUGGUGUUCAGGCAUUUGAGGAAGCUGUUCGCUGUUGAUCCAGCAGAUUACAUGCUCGCUAUCUGUGGCAACGAUGCUCUGAGGGAGCUGUCUUCGCCUGGGAAAAGUGGUAGCUUCUUCUACCUUACCCAAGACGACCGCUUCAUGAUUAAGACUGUGAAGAAAUCAGAAGUCAAGUUGCUAAUUCGAAUGUUAAAUACCUACUACCAACAUGUCAGCCGAUACAAGAACUCUCUAAUCACAAGGUUCUAUGGUGUACACUGUGUGAAGCCCCUUAAUGGACAGAAGGUCCGAUUUAUUGUCAUGGGUAAUUUAUUCUGUUCGGAGUACCGAAUUCAUCGCCGAUUUGAUUUGAAAGGUUCAUCCUAUGGCCGAACAGCAGACAAGUUUGAAGAAGAGAUUGAUGAGACAACCACUCUCAAGGACUUGGACCUCAAUUUUGUUUUCCGGUUGCAGCGAUCUUGGUACGCGGAUCUCCACACGCAACUGAGGCGAGAUUGUGAAUUUUUGGAAUCGGAGGGGAUUAUGGAUUACAGCUUCUUAGUGGGAGUUCACUUUUGUGAUGACAUCUCUGCCUCAAAGAUGGGAUCAUCAACUUUUACUGCUUCUCCAAAGCUUUUAACGAAGAGUGAGUCAUUUCAAGGUGGCCGCUGCAUGCCAGAAUUGUGCUUCUCAGAUGAUGAUUUUGAUAGGAUACCUGAGUGCCGGAAACCCUUGAUUAGACUGGGUGCUCACAUGCCAGCCCGAGCAGAGCAAGCAUCCAGAAGGAGCGAGUUCGAUCCGUUUCUCCUGACUGGUGGAGGGUUCUUGUUCCCAAACCAGACUGGUGAAGUGCAUGAUGUGAUUCUGUACUUCGGGAUAAUUGACAUUCUCCAGGAUUAUGACAUCACAAAGAAGCUAGAGCAUGCUUACAAGUCAUUACAGACAGACCCCAAUUCGAUUUCUGCAGUGGACCCAAAGCUCUAUUCGAAAAGGUUUCAAGAUUUCAUUGGCAGAAUUUUUGUGGAAGAUGGCUAGGUGUUGUGUGGAAUGCAACAUGAGUUCCAUACGAAGGCCAGAGCACCUGCAAUGAUUCGAAGAUGGUUCAGGUUACCAACAAUUUUGUGCACGGCAAAGAACCUCCAUAAUUACCAGGAAUCAUCUUCAGCUACGGGGAUCCGGUAAAGUAAAGCGGUUCAUUGGCCCGGGUAACUACCGUCAAGCCUCGAUCAGCAGUGCAGGGAAUUUGAGUUCCAAAGCAAAUUUGCUCCGAAUUCUCUGCGAAAUCACCGGAAUGGCUGGAUUUUGAAACACAGCCAUGAGAUCAGAAGAUUUCUGUAAAUUUUGUGGUUCGGCGGGUGUGAGAUUGCUUCUUCCAGCUCCGUAGCAGUAGUUUUCUUUUUAACUCAAUUUUGUUAGAGGAUUCCUUCUGCUUCAUUUUCGCCCCUUUUAAUAUAUCGGCCUGAUGUAAAGAAGGGGAUAGGGAGGUUUUUUGUUUUGUUUCCAGAAAGAGGAUAUUUAAGGCUGCGGCAGGCAGUGAACAAUAAGAUCAUGUACAGAUACACCUUGAUCCUUAGAAUGGGUGGAUUAGAAUUUAAUUCGGCAUCUUCAUGUC